GCGGCAUGGGUUUGGGAAAAACCUCAAAGCACUUCGGUUGUGGUGGGGAAAGAUGUUGUAGAUUUAGAGACAAGUAUGAAGGUGGCUUUUGGGUAUGGAUAUGUUAGUCAUAAGGACCAACUCCAUGAUAACCCAAAUGUUGCUCUUUUCUUUUUGGAGGAGAACAUUCACAAAGGCACAAAGAUGAACUUGCACUUCAUCAAAAUGAGAAGAAAAUCUGCCUUUUUGCCUCCUCUAGCUGCAGAAUCGAUCUCUUUUGCAUCCGAAAAAAUGCCUGAAAUUCUGAACAAACUCUCAGUUUCACCUAAUUCAGUGGAAGCUGAAGUAAUGAAGAAAACCAUACAGUAG